ACGUUUACACCCGUAGACCCCAAUCAUUUCCGAAUAUUGCAACUUGCACCCCUAAGCCCUACCCGACCCCGGCGGUCAUUCUCUCUUUUGGCUCACUCUCAUCUUCCUCCUCCCCGUUUGCUCCACGAAUCCGCCCAGAAUCCUAGUCCUGAUCGCUGGCUUCUCUCUCACCACACUCAUCCGCUCUUCGCCCUCCACCUCACUAGCUCGCUGGCUGGCAUUAAGCUUUUUAAUGAUAUAAAGUUUUCUCUGAUUCAUCCAAACUUCGAAAUCCCUCUUUUCGGAGUCUAGGGUUUGAGUCGCGGGUUUUCCCCUUCUCGGCAUGCCGGGGCUCGUCGAUUGAGGGAGGAAGCCGGGUGGAGAUUUACAGGAGACAAGUUGGGAAGGUGUGAUGAGCAGGUCGAGAGGGGAGAUCGGGUCACUCGAUCGGAAGCGCAUCAAUGAUGCGCUUGACAAGCAGUUAGAGAAGUCUUCGCCGUCAACUUCCCGAGGGCUUAACGGAAAGGAGAAAGAUCGGUUCUCGGUUGCCUCUUUCGCUGCCAAGCAAGCAGACCUCCGUUCUGCCGGUCUUUCUAAGAACAAGUGCUCCGAUGAAGAGUCCGAAACAGAUAGUGAAGAAUCUGAUGUUAGUGGUUCUGAUGGAGAAGACACUUCAUGGAUAUCAUGGUUCUGUAACAUUCGAGGGAAUGAGCUCUUUUGUGAGAUUGAUGAUGAGUACAUUCAAGAUGAUUUCAACCUUUGUGGAUUAAGCAGUCAAGUUCCUUGCUAUGAUUAUGCUCUUGAUCUGAUUCUUGAUGUUGAAUCUUCACAUGGAGAAACAUUCACUGAGGAGCAGAAUGAGUUGGUUGAAUCUGCUGCAGAGAUGUUGUAUGGCCUGAUCCAUGCUCGCUACAUUUUGACUAGUAAAGGAAUGGCUGCAAUGCUAGAAAAGUACAAAAACUAUGAUUUUGGAAGAUGCCCUAGAGUUUACUGUUGCGGUCAGCCUUGCCUUCCCGUUGGUCAGUCAGACAUUUCUAGAUCUAGUACUGUGAAAAUCUACUGCCCCAAGUGUGAAGAUAUCUAUUACCCGAGAUCCAGAUUCCAAGGCAACAUUGAUGGGGCUUAUUUCGGCACAACAUUUCCACAUCUAUUUCUGAUGACCUAUCCUCACAUAAAGCCCCAGAAGGCGUCCCAACGGUACACUCCAAGAGUAUUUGGCUUCAAAAUUCGCAAGCCAUGACGGAUCAAAGCAGCACGCAUCUUGAUGUUUUUUCUUGCUGGAGGGAAUGCACCGUCAAUAUUAUUAAUCAUUCCUCAAUUGAAAAUGAGGUAACGCUAGCUUUGAGCUCUUGUUUUAUUUAUAUUUUAGCUGUAGAGAUGACCGGCAUUGUAUCACUGCUAUGCUCCAUUAUUUAUUUUCCUCCACUCAAAUUGUUAAAGUCUCACGUGGUUUCUCCUUUGUGGCAAUCUACAUGAAUACCACACAAUUUCUAUA